CGUCUCAAUUUCACCUCUUUAAAAAUUAUACCAGAUCAAAAUAAACUCUCCGGCUUGAAAAGUAAAAAGACAUCGGAGGUCCAAAAAAUUAAAGAAUGAAAAAUGGUUCACAAGCCUACUUUUAAUAUCCGUAAAAAUCAGCAAAUAGCUGUUGAUACUGACAACCCUACAAGUUCUAACUUUACAAAAAAUAAAACAUCAUCUAAGGCAUACUUUAUUGAUGGCGUAUCAAGACGAACAAAUGGUGUAUUACUAUACUCCCGAUCGUAUAUAACAAGUUUUACAAAUUACUUAGAUCUUACUCUAGAUGAUGAAGAUGAAACUCACGAUGGAUCUUAUAUUAAUACAGCAAAGUCGCAGGAAUAUAUUCAAAUUAACUUGACUUCUAGUUCAAGUCCUCACAGCAGCCAUCAUUAUAAAAAACAGUAAGUUUAUGAUGGUAACACGAAUCCUCUUCUGCAGCUGAUUAAAAAAAAUAUAUGUAUGGGGAGACGAACAAAUAUUAGUGCUACG